GGCCACUUUUCUCCGUCUUCUCUGGUUUUUUUCCGCUGGUUUCACCGCGGCAGGCAGCGUCGCCAGCAGCGGGGAGAGAGCGGUGACACACGGAGGGACAUCCCUGUUGCCACAGCAACUAGCCGAGGCACGAGUUCCGGCCGCAGCAGCAGCUUUUCACAAUAAGACGGUGUACACAGGAGCUUUUACACUGAAGCCCACAGACCGGAAGUGGUCCCUGCUGCCUGCUGCUGUUUUGACUGCGCUCACAAAAAACUGCGAAAUCAAGGAGAAGGACAGCGCCCAGAAUAACAGUCACCCUCUGCGAACCGCGGCCAGCAGCGCCUGGAAAUGGGACUCGGGUCGUGCGUCCGGGGCGGCGGGACGGGAGCUCCGAGGUCAUGUCCUUCAGUUUAAACCCACAGUGCUACACGCAGCUCUCCAAGCAUGCCACAGCAGUGAUCAUAUCGCUCCACUCAGCAGCACUGUUUGAUCUGAGAGAAACGUGCCUUGUAAGGAAGCAGGAUGUUCACAGGCUCCACCAAACUACCACCCGCUAAAACCCCCCAGCCCGAGCGGCUGGAUGAAGUGUACGCCGCCUUGCGCAGAGGCUUACAGUCGUACCUGCAGGUCCACCAGCUGGAGCUGGACAGUUUGGGUCAGCAGAUCAGAGAGAACAAGAGGAACGGUCGCCUGGGGUCUUUGUAUGAGCAGGAUAAGCAAGUGAAAGCCAUAGAGCGGUUCAUGCGUCGCUUGGAGUUCCAUCUCAGCAAGGUUGAGGAGCUCUACGAUGCCUACUGCAUCCAGCGGCGACUGCGUGACGGAGCGAGUAAGAUGGUGGCGGCUUUUAACUCAGCCACGGGCAGCAGGGAGGCGAGAGAGAGCCUCAGUGAAGCCAACAAAGGUUACAGGGAAUGCACAGAGCACAUGUGCUCACUUGAGAGCGAAUUAGAAAGCCAGAUGGGAGAGUUUCAUGUGAAGAUGAAGGGCCUCGCCGGAUUUGCACGGUUGUGCGCGGGCGACCAGUAUGAGGUCCUGAUGCGCUACGGCCGGCAGCGCUGGAGGCUCAGAGGUCGCGUGGAGGUCAGCAACAAGCAGAUAUGGGACAGUGAGGAGUACAUCUUCCUGCCUCUGGUUGCAGAGCUGCUGUCAAUAAAGGUGACGGAGCUGAAGAGCCUGGCCAAUCACGUGGUGGUUGGCAGCGUGUCGUGUGAAAUGCUCGAUCUGUUCUGCCCGCUGCCCCAGACGCUCGCCGUAGACAUCAACGACCUCGGGACGGUGAAGCUGAACCUGGAGGUCACCUGGAGUCCGUUUGACAAGGAUGACCAGACCUCCUCCACCAGCACGGUUUCCAAGCGGCUGCUGUCCAAUCAGAGCCCCCCCGACACUCCUUCCAUGCGAGAGCAGGUGUUCUAUUCUCUGCUGAAGCGCCAGGGGGAGAUGGAGAACGGGACGGUGUGGUCCAACUCCUCCGAGUCGUCGGACGACUCGUCCAGCCCGGCGCUGGCCCACCACGCCCAGAGGCUGACGGCCUCCAGCAUGCUGCAGACCACUCUCACCGCCCAGCUCUCGUCCACGCCGCACAAGUCCAGCGCCUCCACGCCCUCGCUCUCGUCCAAUCAGGAGGAGGACGAGGCGGACGGCGGCGAGGUCUUCCCCGCCGCGGACGCGGUGCCCAACGGCCACCCGCGGACGCUGUGCUCCCUCGGCCUCAUCGGGGAGAGCAGCCCGGACUGUACGGCCGCCGACGGGGUGUGUGUGCGGUCGGAGGAGCUGAGCUGCUCCUGCCCCGACGUCUGCGCCGCGCCGCCCGGGUCGUCGCGGGAGGAGGGAGGAGUCUCCGCGGAGGAGGAGGAGGCGACGGAGGACUCGACGGCUCCGACCGAAGCGACGUCAAAGGACGGCGCCGCCGAAUCGGCGGAGGAACCGCAAACGGAGCAGAGUCGGCCCGACCAGGAGGCGGCGCGAGCGGAGGACGCUCCAGCGGCUCCUUUUCCCACUUCUAUCAGCUUCAAUCAGGAGGUGGAGACGGCGCUCGAAAGCUUCGACUUCCUCAACUGCGCCGACUCGGAUGAAGAGGAUGAAGAUGAGGACGAGGAGAAGGAGCCACAGCAGCCGCAAGAGGACGAAGGGGAAAAGGAGGAGCAGGAUGUAAAAGAACAGGAGGACCAAAACCCAGCAGAGGAAGAGAAACCAGAGGAAACGGAGACAGAGAAACCAGAGGAAAGAGUGAAAACAGAGAAAACAGAGGAGGAAGAAAAGGCGAUGGAGAUCCUCUACUCUGGAGGAAGUGACGAGGAGGUGGAGGAGGUGGACGGUCUGGAGAUCCUGAUGGAGGCUCCUGAAGGCUUUAGAAACUCAGAUGAGGAUUGUUUCUGUGAGUCACAGGAGUCAAGCGUGGCAGACCUGCAGGAUCUGGGUCAGUUGGAAAUCCCCGCUGCCGAGGAAGAGGAGGCCGAGGAAGAGGAGCGGAGCGAGGCGAAGAAGGGAGACGAAGAACGCGGAGCGGGAGCGUCACAGGACCAGGAGGACUGUCCCUCCACUCCCACCCACUUGGCCACGACUGUCUUCUGACGACACGGCGGGACCAUCUCUCCCCGUCCCGACGUACCGGUGCCAUCUCGCCCCCGUCUCGCUCACACGCCGCGGGGACCGGAGGCCUUGAGGACGUUUCACCCGCCGCUCAGACAAACAGGCUCUCCUGCUAACGGUGGAGUUUGUGCACAUUUUUGCCUUCUUCCGACCAGGAUCCACAAACUCCGAGGAGUUUCCCCGCAUCCCGGUCAUGACUGGAAAUCCUCCCGCGCACACACUCCUCCCUCCGAUCACGCCGAAACACACCGCCGUCGCGUCGCCUGGGUUACAGUGGGGACAAAGUUUUAUGUUUACACUUCUGGGAGCUGCUCCUGUCAUGUGAACGCUGGCUGUCCAGGACAUGCCGGGAGCAGAUGAAAGGGGCCUUGUUUCAGCCGCGUUGCAGUGCUUUUUUUUAAGUGAUCUAAUCAUUUUCACAUGGUUUUUAUAAGUUCAAGUCUUUUUUUUCCCCAAAAAAAAUCUCUGGAGAAGCUUACAAUCAUUUACCAAGUUGCAUUACAAGUUUUUCCCCAGCUGUAUCAGUAUUUGUGGACGUGACAGACUGCAGAGGUCAAUAUUUUCAGUGUUAAGUGAGUGUACGGCCCACGGCGCUCUCAUCGACAGAGGGAAAGAUUUCAUGAGCAUGUGAUGUUUGUCUGAGGGCAUGAAGUCGUUUCCAAACCAGGAAUGCACCCAGAGACGUGAGAGGAUUUUUAUUUUUAUUUUUUAUUUGAAAUUUGAAGCAUCUGAGAUGUUUCAGGAGAAUAUUCAGAGACACACAUGGAGACCACAAGUUGCAUUUAACUGUUAAAAGCUGUCGGAACACGUGUUUUAUGAUAACUUGAAGGAUUGGAGUGUUGAGUUUUGUCGCAGAGCUCAUUUUGGUCCAGUUUUUUUUUUUUUUUUUACAUAACAAUCUGCAGUGUGGAAAUAUAUUUAAGCUUGCAUGUGUAGCUGCCUCACAUUGCCAGCAUGUCUGUGUAAAAAGAAAAAGAAAAAGAGAA